AUGUUCGCCUCUACUGCUCGCCGCGCUGCGGCCCAGGCCUCCGCCUACGCGCCCAAGUACUACAUUCCCCGCACUGCUGCCGGUAUGACCCUGGGCACCGCCAUCAACGCUGGCUCCAUCGCUGCCGGAUUCGGUGUCGCUCUCGGCACCGGCGCUCUCUUCAUCUUCGGUGAGGUUCCCCGUGUGCGCAACGACAUCCUCCGCCAGCUUCCUUUCUUCGACACCUACUACGACCGCACCAUUGCCCCUGAGGACAACCCCUUCUAA